AACAAAUUAUCUGGGGAUUUUUGAUUUUACACCAGAAAUUGUCAUCUUGUUUUAUUUGUUGAUAGUUGUUGCGUUUUGUAAAAUUGCGUAAAAAUAAGAAAAACUCGUAUUUAAUGCCAAGUUAAGUGCUUAUAAAUCAAAUAUAUGCUAUCUGUGAGUUAUUUAGUAAUUAACCAUAAUAGUAUUAAAUACAUAAGUGUUCAUCUAUUGCCAUGGGUAGGAAGUGUAGUGUAGAUGGUUGUUUAUCCGAUUCUAAUAGAAACGAAGACGCCGGUGUGACUUUCCACAAAGUUCCUGUACACUCCGAUAUACGCCCAAAAUGGUUUUCAUUGUGCCACAUACCAGAAGACAAAAAAAACUUGAAGGUUAUUUAUGUUUGCUCUCGACACUUUUUGAGGGCAGACUUUUGCAAUUUCAAGGGUAAAAAGUACAUGUUAAGGCAGGGAGUGUUACCUAGUGUGUUUCCAUGGGAUAAAUCCAAGCUGCAAGCUAUUAAAGUUAAGAGAGAAAGUGCAGAAGAAAAUGUGUGCAAAAUUGAGCCUGAAGAUUCUUCUGAAGAAGUGCCCACACUUGAGCUUAAAGCUGAAGAUGAAUCUGAUGUAAAACCGGAUAUAAGUAUGGUGGUUAAAUCGGAACCAAUGGAAACUGAAGAACCUAUUGUUGUUAAAAAUGAAGAAGUACCUAAAAUUAUAUCUGAAGAGGAUAUUAAGGUUGAAGAAAAGGAUAUAUCGAAAAAAGAAGAGAUGGAUAAAAUUAAGUGCACUUCUGCUUCAGGAAUUAAUUUCUCUAUAAAUUCCAAGCUGGAGGCUUUAGAUUUUAACAAUAUGUGGUAUCCCGCUAAAAUUGUGGAAGUGGAUUAUGAGGAAAAUGAGGUUUUGAUACAUUUUGAGAAGUUCUCUAGUAAAUAUGAUGAGUGGAUUUGCAUGGACAGCCCCAGGUUGAGGCCUCUAUUACCACCAGGCAAAAAUCCUGCUGCUGCAGAACAAUUUGCAGUUGGUGAAAAAUGCAUGGCUGCUUGGAGUGACAGCAGAAAAUUCCCUGCUACAGUAACAAGGAUUUUGGAAAAGGAUGUGUAUGAAGUGUUGUUUGAUGAUGGUUUUGUAAAAACUGUGAAGGGACAUCGUAUGAGCAAAUCGCAAGGCAAACAAAUGCAGACCUCGCCAUUGUUUGACCCCAUUAAAAGCACCAAGCAGGAAAGAAGGGACAAAAAGCGCCGAAUCAAUGUGGCCGCUUUGUUCUGCAAAAGAAGCAGGGUGGGGGGAAGCGGGGAUGACAAAAAACCGCCCCCUGUCAGUGUAGACACUUCAGUUGUGGAAGAGGAGCCUCCGAGGGAGCCCUGGAUGCCUGUUUGGGAGAACGGUCGCCCCAUUGGGACUGAAGCAAUCGUUGAAACCAAUGAUGGGCCGAGGAAUUCAGUCAUAGUGCCAGAUCAUAGGCUGCCUUCUGGUUGGGUUAAGCACUUAAUGCAAAGGGUACAUGGUACUUCAGCUGGUAAAUGGGACACAAUUAUUGUUGGGCCUGAUAAUAAGAGAUUCAGAACCAAAUCGGAAAUAAAGUCUUACUUGGAACACCAUCCAGGUUUAGGAGACAUUAAUGAAAUGAUGUUUGACUUUAGCUUACAUAGACAAAGGCAGAAGAAAAAAAUAAUACCUCCUGCUGACAUUCAGGAACCAGGACAUGAAGACUCAUAUCCGGAAGAAGCUCCAAAAGAAGAAAACCCAAAUGCCUUAAAAAUCGAAUUCAUCGACAACGCCUUCAAAUGUCCGAUCGAGGGCUGCGGCAAAAACUUCCGCAAGGAAAAUUUGGCCCAAAUGCACGUCAAGCAUUACCACAAAGAGUACACCAAAUAUCUCGACUCCACUCCGAACGUGGCCGACCUGGCUUACGCCCGAACGGUGGGCGAGAACCUCGAAAAAUCCCCCGGCCCCCCCAAACAAACCCCCACCAGAAGCGCCGCCAAAAUCACCACCCCCAAAGCCCCAAAAGUGCCCCUCGAGACCGAAUUGAAAUGCCAAGUUGGGGACUCGACCAACAAAGACUCGGAGAUAAUUAAGUUGUUGAGUAGUAAGCCUUUCGAUAAGGAUUCAGUGGAAUCCAUUCGGCCCAUACCGUCCGGUUUACCUUCGAAUAUGUAUCCCGAUAUCAAGUUGAAAGAUCUUCUGGUUGUUUCCGAGGCGGUUCCGAAACGCGACGAUAUCAACAUGAAAACCUUGUGUUCCACCCGCCCCCCCAUCGGUAUUAAAACCCUUCUUCCGGUUCGCGCGGGAGAUUCUUCGGCGAAGCGCAAGCGCGGUUUUUCCGAGAACGAGAAAGGUAACCCCCUACACCCCCCACCACCACCACCACAACCACCAAUCACAGACGCCACACUACUCUCCCCGCUGACGCAACUCAACACCGAAGACCAGUUUCACCCCCACCACCCGCCCAACAACGACACCAUCAUUGAAGGUGGGGAGGUGAUCAAAAUAGUGCGCAUGAAGCAGGAAGAGAUCAUAAACUGCACUUGCGGAUUUACUGAGGAGGACGGCUUGAUGAUCCAGUGCGAGCUGUGCCUGUGCUGGCAGCACGCCUACUGCAACAACAUCGAGCGCGAGAGCCAGGUGCCGGAGAAGUACGUGUGCUACAUCUGUUUGAACCCAGUGCGGGAGAGGGCGUCGAUGCGGCACGCGCACGAUCAGGACUGGCUGAAGCAGGGGGCGCUGCCGGCGGCCGGGUACCACAGCAAGGACGAGGAGGCGAUGCAGAAAAGGUUCGAGAAGUUGAAGAAGCUGCACGAUAUUUCCGGCGCGCUGGGCGAGCUGAGGGAGUUCCAGCACAGUUUGAGCGUCAAGUUAAAGAUUGCGGGGGCCAAAAAUCAUCCAAAACUCUACCUAUGGUCGAAACCUUGGGACAAGCCUCCUCUACCAGAAAAAGCAGACCUCCCGAAAGACAACAAAGACGACAUCAAACUCAAAACUGAAGAACCCGAAGACGUCAAACUGGAUUCCCAAAACGACUCGAUGUUGAUGAUGAUUCUCAAAGGGAAAGGCGACAUUACCAACCUCGUGGACUCGAAUGCCCCCAUAAUUCCCAGGCCGGAAGCGGCCAUAGACUCCGCCGAUUGCAAGUUCAAUCUCUUGGAGCACAUUGCGCAUGCGGAGUCGCUCAUAGACGAGAGGUUGAGCGAUUUCGAGAAAAUUGUCGAGGGCUUGGAGGAGGGAAUGAACAUUGAAACCGACGAAAAUUACCCGAAAACGCGACAAACCUUGCAGAUGCUAAUGAAGGACAUUGGAGUUCUUGGGGAGUUUAGUCAGUUGACCACACUUUAAUUAUGUUAAUUUUUUAUAUGUUUAUGACUAACUUACUAGUCACUAUUAUAGUUCAUUUUUAUAUCAAUAAAAAUAUCAACAGUUC